AUGGCGCACGACUCGCAGGUCGCCAAAGUAACAGUUCCACAGCAGUUAUACUGCCGGAUUUCGCAGCUGAAGUGCCGUCCCAUAGUAGAAGAUAAGGAAUCAUCAUCGUUAAGUUGUGGCGCAAAAUCGGUAUCGCUGCAGAAGCCACUCUCUGAAGCCCUGGAGUUGCAACAACUUCUUCACUCAAGCAUCAUGGAAGCAUGUCUACAGGCUCAUGAUAUCGUAAUUUCGGAGGUGUAUGAUCUUGAAGAUAAGGAGAGCUCCCAUGAAUCUGUCCCCGUGCCGUUGAAGAGCGGUCGUGAUAGCUUUCUCAAUGGUGAAAUGUAUCCGGUGGAAUCGAAGGAAACUGGUACCUCCAAGGACGAUCUGUUUCCUACCUCAUUCGGAGCAGGUGAUGAGAGUGACGAUCCAUUGAUGGAUUCUAUCGCAAGAAUUCGAUUGGUUCAAUUUCAAAAAGAUGGUGACGAGCCUAUGGGAAUAACGCUCAAGGUUCGUGAGAGGUCAUCUUCAUAA